CUCUCGACGUGGCUUAGGCUCCUCUGGCGCGAAAAUGUCGCUCGUAGCGGGGGUUAUUCGGCGGUUGGACGAGACAGUGGUGAACCGCAUCGCGGCAGGGGAAGUUAUCCAGCGGCCGGCUAAUGCCAUCAAGGAGAUGAUUGAGAACUGUUUAGAUGCAAAAUCCACCAGUAUCCAAGUGGUUGUUAAAGAGGGAGGCCUCAAGUUGAUUCAGAUCCAAGACAAUGGCACCGGGAUCAGGAAAGAAGAUCUGGAUAUUGUGUGUGAGAGGUUCACUACAAGUAAACUGCAGUCCUUUGAGGAUUUAGCUCGUAUUUCUACCUAUGGCUUUCGGGGUGAGGCUUUGGCCAGCAUCAGCCACGUGGCUCAUGUUACUAUUACAACCAAAACAGCUGAUGCAAAGUGUGCAUACAGAGCAAAUUAUUCAGAUGGAAAGCUGAAAGCUCCUCCUAAACCCUGUGCAGGCAAUCAGGGGACCCAGAUCACGGUGGAGGACCUUUUUUACAACAUAUCCACGAGGAGGAAAGCUUUAAAAAAUCCAAGUGAAGAGUAUGGGAAAAUUUUGGAAGUUGUUGGCAGGUAUUCAAUACACAAUUCAGGCAUUAGUUUCUCGGUUAAAAAACAAGGUGAGACUGUAGCUGACGUUAGGACACUGCCUAAUGCCACAACGGUGGAUAAUAUUCGCUCCAUCUUUGGAAAUGCUGUUAGCAGAGAACUGAUAGAAGUUGGGUGUGAGGAUAAAACCCUAGCCUUCAAAAUGAAUGGCUACAUAUCCAAUGCAAAUUACUCAGUGAAGAAGUGCAUCUUCUUACUCUUCAUCAACCAUCGUCUGGUAGAGUCAGCUUCCUUAAGAAAAGCCAUUGAAACAGUGUAUGCUGCAUAUUUGCCCAAAAACACACACCCAUUCCUGUACCUCAGCUUAGAGAUCAGCCCCCAGAACGUGGAUGUCAAUGUGCACCCCACAAAGCACGAAGUUCACUUCCUGCAUGAGGACAGCAUCCUGGAGCGGGUGCAGCAGCACAUUGAGAGCAAGCUCCUAGGCUCCAACUCCUCCAGGAUGUACUUCACCCAGACUUUACUACCAGGUCUUGCUGGCCCCUCUGGGGAGGUGGUUAAAUCCACAAUGGGUGUGACCCCCUCAUCUACUUCUGGAAGUGGCGACAAGGUCUAUGCCCACCAGAUGGUCCGCACAGAUUCACGGGAACAGAAGCUCGAUGCCUUUCUACAGCCCGGGAGCAAGGCCGUGUCCAUUCAGCCUCAGGACGUUGUCCUAGAAGACAGGACCGAUGCUUCCAGUGGCAGGGCUGGGCAGCAAGAUGAGGAAAUGCUUGAACUCCCAGAGCCUGCUCAAGUGGCUGCCAGAAAUCAGGGCACGGAGGGAGAUGCAACAGAGGGGACUUCAGAAACGGCAGAGAAGAGAGGGCCCCCUUCCAGCCCGGGCAACCCCAGAAAGAGGCCUCGGGAAAGCUCUGAUGUGGAAAUGGUGGAAGAUGAUUCCCGAAAGGAAAUGACAGCAGCAUGUACCCCUCGGCGGAGGGUCAUCAACCUCACCAGCGUGCUGAGCCUCCAGGAGGAAAUCAGUGAGCGGGGACAUGAGAAAUCGUCUUGUGCGGGAGGCAGGGCAGCUGCUGUUACCUGUUUUGAAGCACUCCGGGAGAUGCUGCAUAACCACUCCUUUGUAGGCUGCGUGAAUCCACAGUGGGCCUUGGUGCAGCAUCAGACCAAGUUGUACCUUCUCAACACCACCAAACUGAGUGAAGAACUGUUCUACCAGAUACUCAUUUACGAUUUUGCCAAUUUCGGUGUUCUGAGGCUGUCGGAGCCAGCGCCGCUGUUUGACCUGGCCAUGCUUGCCUUGGAUAGUCCUGAGAGUGGCUGGACGGAGGAAGAUGGUCCCAAAGAAGGACUUGCCGAGUACAUUGUUGAGUUUCUGAGGAAGAAGGCUGAGAUGCUCGCAGACUAUUUCUCUUUGGAAAUCGAUGAGGAAGGGAACCUGACUGGAUUACCCCUGCUCAUCGACAGCUAUGUGCCCCCUUUGGAGGGUCUGCCUAUCUUCAUCCUUCGACUCGCCACGGAGGUGAACUGGGAUGAAGAGAAGGAAUGUUUUGAAAGCCUUAGUAAAGAAUGUGCUAUGUUUUACUCCAUUCGGAAGCAGUAUAUAUCUGAGGAGUCAACCCUCUCGGGCCAGCAGGGCUGUAGGAUCCCUGAGAGGCUGACCAGAGAGGAUGUUUCACCAGCAGCAGAGCGAAGUGUCAGGCUCCUCUGCAAACCCCUGGAAGUGGACUGUGGAACACAUUGUUUAUAAAGCCUUCCGCUCCCACCUUCUGCCUCCUAAACAUUUCACAGAAGAUGGAAAUAUCCUACAGCUUGCUAACCUGCCUGAUUUGUACAAAGUCUUCGAGAGGUGCUGACCACGAUCACUUGCGGACUCUGGGCUGUGUGGUUCUUGCACUGCAUCCUGACGAGGAUAGGUCUUAGGGUUGAAGACUCCCGUUUGCCCUCUAACUAGUAGCACUCUUUCAUGCUUGGUGGAUUGACCAGAAAUAAAUUGUCGGAUGUGUCCUAACAUGAUUUCUUAUUUAAUUUCACUACACUUGAAAGGUUUUCUAGAUCCAUUUUCACCUACAGUAUACUUGAUUGUGUUGAAGAAUCCAAAAGCAGUUUGAAAGCCCUCUGGGCAUCUGAUAAGAAUUCUAAAAAGGCCUUGAAGAUUUUAUAGAUCUUGCUCUGGUUUGGUUCUUUGUGUACUCCAGUAAAUUUCUAAUAUCAGUUGAUAUGAAUUACAUUGGUUCACUUGCCUUGGAAAGAGGUCCCGAACGUGUAAGAGGCUCUGGUGACACUGAGUAUGGAGAAGGCUGAAAUGAUAAGCUGUUACUACCUUAUGUAACCAAAGCUAAUUAAUCUGUAAUGAAAGAAAAACUUUCAAGAGGACAGCAGUCCUGAUGGAGUUUGUAACUAGUGUGCUCUUUAAGCCCCCUUUGUUAAUGGAUCUGAAUCCUACCAGCUUACGUUCUAGUUAUUCUUGUCUGAAGAAUGACAUAAAAAUACACACUUAAGCUGUAGGUACCAUUACAAGAAGCUGCCUUAACACUAGCCUGCGUUAACAGAAAAGUGCAGUGAGCAUGGGGAGGACGAACGCCUUCAGUACAGAGGUAAAAUCAGAUCACAAGACUCAGUGAAGAACGUUCCAUGGGAAAGAACAGGGAACUCUACCGAGUGAAGACAGCCAUUCCCUUUGGAAGAGACUGGGACAACAGAAGAGACAAAUUUGUUGUACCACAAAAGGGGCAAAGUCAGGUUCAACCAUGUAGAACUUCCAAAAAGUCAACAACAGGGCGGCUCAGCAGUGGGGCUUGCUGAGCCCAGCGGGGUACAGGCUGAACAGAACUUUGCCCCCCUCUCCCUCUCUCGCAGCUCCUGCACAGGUGAUUGCACCCACUAUGACUAGAGAGAAUUUAUAGGAAAUCCCCUCCAUUCAGGACAGCGGUUUCCAUAUUUUAAAAAUAAAAUACAACUACAAAGCUCAUUGCUCUGAAGAAGGGGGUAAUUCGUAGAGAUUUUCACACUCAAGUUAGCUUUACCAUCUAGCUUCAAGUCUAAACUUUAUCUCAUGUGCCUUUAAUUCAUGAGACUUCCCCUUGCAUUUGUUCUGUAGAUAACAGCCACCAUCUCCAUAAAACCACCUUGGUUCUGAGGGCAAAAGAGAAUCAAAUCCUGCAGAGUAGCCACACUCGAUGAUAAAAGCCCCUUGAACUGGGUGCCUUUAAAGAUGAAACUGACUGAAGUUCUUAAAAAGCUGUACAUUCCAGAUCAUUCUUCUUGCGGAGGAGAGAAGAGGGGCAAGGUAACAGGGGUGUGUGUGGCUGCCUUGAGGUGUUUUAAAGUCUCCCCCAACAAAAAUGACUGUGUCAGCAGCCAGCCAUGGUCAGCAAGAGGGUGCGUUUAAUAGUCUUCAGGCCGACCUCCCCCUGCCUGUCCCCACCCCCACUGGGCUCGUCUGAGGGGUCACUCCACAGAUGAGCAGCAGAUGAGAUACUUUACAUGAGAUACAGCACAGCUGACAUUGAAGACGAAGGGCCCUACUCUUACUUUAAGAGUGUUAGGCUUUGGACAUUCCCGGCCACAUGCAAUAAAGCAAGUUUUAUAUACACUCCCCAUAUCUUUUUCUAACAUUUUCUUAUAUAAAUUUAAAUAUUUUACAAAAAAAGGCUUUUUCCUCCAAACAUAGAAAUUUGAGUGAAACAUAUAUUCCCCGCCUGUGAACUUGUUUCUUCACUAAAAUAUAAAUGCCAUCUGAUAUUAAGGGUAAGUGUCUUUUGACCGCUGGGGAUGACUGAAGGCUGAAUUGCACCAUGGAGAAGGCACUUGUGUUUUCCGAGGUCUCCAGCCGAGUUACCUCAUUGGGCACUCACAGAGUCGCUGUCC